AUGGUUGUAUGCUGUUACCCAAAAUUAGGCAGCGCUCUCUUACUAUAUUCUCCCAAUUUUUGCUUCUUACAGGUGCGUGCUGUGCGUCCUAAAGUUCUAAAGAGGCUGUCAAAGACAAAGAAACAUGUCAGCAGAGCUUAUGGUGGUUCCAUGUGUGCUAAGUGUGUCCGAGACAGAAUCAAGAGAGCUUUUCUUAUCGAGGAGCAGAAGAUCGUUGUGAAAGUGUUGAAGGCACAAGCACAGAGCCAGAAGUCAAAGUAAAGCUGUUUGUAUUUUCUGCCCAAUAAAUGAAAGUUCCGCUUU